AUGCAACCCUCCCCGAUCCUCCAAAAGGCCAUCCGACGUCUCGCCCUAAACACCAAACAAGGCCCGCACAACUACUACAAAGGAAACCGCGUGGGCUCCCACGGACGACACACCAAAUGGGGAGGAUACGUGAUCGAUUGGGCGAAAGUCAGGACGUAUGUUGUGCCUGAACUGUCUUCGUUUCAUCUUACGCCCUUCGUCGCGAUGAGAAUCCAGAAGAGAAGGGAUAAUUUUGCGCAUACGGAGACGGGCAAGGCGACGGAUGGGAAGGAGUAUAUUCGGAAGUGGAAGGAGGAGGGUGGGAAUAUGUGA